AUGGAGCAGAGAAAGCGGAAGAAGGAGAGUGAGGAAAUGCUUUUGAAUAAGAAAGCAAAGUUAGAGUGGAGACCGGAGGAUUAUGCGCAGGCAAUUGGAUUAUCUCAUAAGUGUACUGGUAAGGGUGAAAAGAAGAAAUGUCAUUACAAGACAUUUCAGUUUCAUGCCAAUAAAUAUGGACUGGAGGACUCAGUGCUAUUGGUUCCAGAGGAUGGAGAAAAGCCCUAUGUUGCGAUCAUAAAGGAUAUUUAUACACAAAGAAAAGAAGGUCACGUGAAGCUUGAAGUGCAGUGGCUUUAUCGUCCAGAAGAGGUGGAGAAAAAAUAUGUUGGAAACUGGAAAUCCAAAGGCUCAAGAGACCUCUUUUACAGUUUCCAUCGCGACGAAGUAUUUGCUGAAUCUGUAAAAGAUGAUUGUAUCGUGCAUUUUGUUCAAGAGAAUAAGCAAAUCCCAAACCGUAGAAAGCAUCCUGGCUUCAUCGUGCAGCAUGUUUAUGAUAAUGUUAAGAAGAAGCUUAGGAAGCUCACUUUUAAUGGCUUUGACUUGCAGCAAAAGCGUGAAAUAGAUCAUUUUGUGGAAAAGACAAUUUUGCGAAUAGGCCAUCUUCGUGACAUUGUGAAGGAGCAAAAGACUUUGAUCUCGAGGAGUAAAAGAACUGUUCCUCAAAGCUAUAUUAUAAAAGCGGUGGAAACAAGUCGUGAAAGCAAUAAUGUGGUUAACUCCAUCUUGGAAAGUUUUGAUUUGUUGACCGGUGAUUCGGAUCGUGACAAGAGUUUGGAGGAGCUUCUGGAAGUAGUUAAGCCCAAGUGUCGUACAAGUAGAAAGAAGCAAGCUGGUGAUUAUGAUUCUUUCUGGCCAAAUGAUGUUGUUUCGGUGGUGAGUGCUCUUGAGCAGGCUUUAUAUGAUUCUUUGAAAGACGAUAUAGCAAAGUAUAGUAACAAGGUGGAGAUUCUGGUUGGUAAACUCAAGCGUGGUUUCACUUUUGAUGAAUUAAAGGUUGAUUUGGAGGAACCAAUAUUGAAGGAUGAUGCUUCUUCAUCCAUCUCCAAAAGUGUUGGGCGGAAAGAUUCUUUCGAAGAAUAA